AUGUCGAAGAACCAAGAUGGAGCCUACAGAACACCAGCUCGGGGAAGAAAAUCAGCAAUCGACAGGUUGACUCCGCCGAUGCCGCCAUCCAAGAAACCAAGAUUCGACCAUUCUCCAUCCAACAAAGGUCUUCAGUUGCACCCUCCAAUAUUGCAGCCAAGCAUUCUAUGUGCCAAACAAGUAUCAGUGCUGUGCAACUUGAGCCCACCUCCUAAAUUGAAUCUUAAGAUGCGACGAUCUGAACGCGUGACACCAUCGUCCUUUGCUACCAAGUUCCCAAUAACGAAAUUGUUUUCAAACGAUCUUUGCUGA